AUGGCCAAGGCUGCUCGAAGACUACGACGCCGUCCUCAAAUCUCUCGUCGACAAGCUCGGCCACCACCCAGCCAUGAGCCCCAGCCGACCUUUGCAACUCUCGCCAACUCGAAGAACAAGGUCUACUUCAUGUGGAACUCCAUCGGCCGUACUCUAGACAAUAUCCAACUGAACAUGGAAGAAGUAACAUCUUUGGAAAGCUUGAGUGCCGUUCAGCAGGCAUUGUUCGAGGAUGUGAUCCAGCGCUCUGUCUUGGCAUCUUCACUCAUUCUCGACACCAAUCCAAGCAUGCUGAACAACCUGAUCGAGCAGACCAAUCCAGAGGCUGCCGGCCACCAUUCGGAAUCCGGAGACGAAAUCGAAGGGGAAGUAAAGACAUUGAGCAAUGUUGGAAAGUGA